AUGGCUGGCCCUGAAAAUUUUGGAUCAAGAAAAUCUGUACAGCUCAUCAAGCAAAGGAUAAAGCCAAAGGAUCAGAUAAACCCUCUGAAAUCCUUUUUAGGUUGGCAUACUGAACUCAAGACUCAACCUGAACGUAAUAAUAAAAAGGAGAAGAGUCAAAAUGGAUUUGAUGUCGGAGCGACCAGUUUCGCGUCGCUGGCUUUGGAUGAUUUGGAUCGGAGCUUAAAGGAGAAGAAAACCCUUAGAAGGUGUAGCUAUAAGAUAGUUCUUCUUGUCAGGAUAGCAGGAUACACACCAUCGAUCCACCCUGAAUUGCCUAAACCGGAUACUAUAGGCAUUGGACUGACCAAUUUUGCAUCGCUGAGACUUGCUUGUUUGGUUCGGAAUGAUAGCAGAAAGUGGAAGAAGAGUUAUAUCAGCAAGUAUUCGCGCUGGAUAGGUCCGAAAAGCAAGAGGGGUUUACCAUUCAAAUCACCGAACUACAGAUUAAGAAGCUUACAUUGGGAUCAAAGCGGAGCAAGGAAGUCUAUAGCAAAAACUCUUUUGGUUCGCUUCAACAACCAGCCAAGAGGAGAAGCCAACAUAAGCUUUGCAUAUGAGAUGCUUGAGGUUUGGAGAGGAGCGAGCAAGGCAAAACACACACCAGCUACAGAUCAUUACAAAUAUCAAAUUCGCGAGCAGAUGGUGAUGGUUCAAAUUUACCGACAAGCGAAGUUGAAGCGUUUUGGCAAGCUCGAAGGAAUAGAAGCAGGACGAGAGGGAUUGGAGUUUUGA